CAUUCUUGAUGCUGCCGUUAUAGGUGACGAUGUGAGAGAGAUGCUAAAUUGCGAAGGUUUCGGUGAUGCAUUCCUUGCAGUGAAAGAUGAUGUUGUUGUUGUGAUCUGCUGGGAAUGAUUUUUGGCAACUGGUGUAUUGGAGAUGAAUUAUUGGUAUCACUUUCAGACGUUGGAAUGCGUGAGGAUCUCUCUUUGUUUCUGUUUUUGAUUACACAACAGGUGCGUCCGCAUCUUGAAUGUUGCGCGACGAUGAAUACUUCGUAUUGAUUCUGAAGAGCGAAACAAUUUGAUCAUAAAACAGUACGAGCUUUGUUGGAAGAGUUAUUGUUGAAUUAUAGUUUCAGUUCAAUUUGGUUUUCCCAGAUAUUUAGCAGAAUGGUUUAGAUAAAGUGAGCUUCGUGGCCUGUGCGAUCAUCAAAGAUGAGUUUUAAAUAAGCCUGAUACGUCUCGACAGGAAAAAAAUAUCAUGAUUAUCGGAUAUCAAAGCGAAAGCGGAACACAUACAUUUCAGACUGUAGAUGGCCGAAUAAUUUGGAUCAUUUCAAUUGAAUGCUUUGAAUGAUUAUGUAUAAUGUUUGCUCUCGUGCCGAGGUAAUAUGGUGAAUGACAACUGAAACCACAGAUCUGCCAUUCGAUCCUUCGAUCUCAAUUGAAAAUAAAAUUCAUUUACUCAACAUUAUAAUCACCAAACCACAUGAGGGGAAACCCGUUUGUAGUAACUGGGAUAUUCCAUCCAACCCGCACGAAUCAGGAAGAACGAGGAGCGUCAAAUAAAUUUGAAGUUUACAGUCUUUCUCAAUUCAGCCACUGGCUGCGAUGAAAUGAUAAUAAAACCUUCAAUUCAAUUAAUUGGUCAUGCGUCAAUUAGGAGAAACAAAUUUGACUUGCUACUGGUAGAAGAGCGUUAAUUAUCAGACGAUAAAGGCCCGCCCAUUCGAUGCGUUCAGACUUUUCGGUGAAUUAUAAUACGUGAUUCAUUCUUCGAUUGCACGCGCUUUGGAAUAUUGUGUACUCAGCGAUGAAAAUCAAUCGGCGUUAUGAAAGCAAACAUGAAACACUAAUGGAGCCGAAAGCAUACAGACUUUCUUUAUGAGACCAUGCUCCCAGCAGAGAGAUGGGGGAAAUAUGAGUCAGCCGAGUUCUUCUGUGGCCAUUAUACAGAUUGCCUUGGAUCAGAAUAAUUACCCCAUCAGCGUCAUGGAUAUAGAUAAUUGUCGUCAUGAUGAUCAUAACAAUACUGGAAACAUUUUGUAGAAUAUGUAUGUCUUCUUUUCUUACUGACAUGACUGAGAAAUCAAGGACGAUAUUUCAAUCUAGGAAGAAAUUAUCGAAAUUGUGCCAAGCUGAUGAUUAGACGGUGAAAGUGGCAUUCUUCUUUGGAAUCAUUGUUCUUCAUCGAUGGUGAAAUUUCUUUUGUCAACGCGUGGACCUAUUGUCAAAACUGUUUCCAUGGUAUUCAACAGUUAUUAGUUCGUAGACGUCAGUGGCGUUUUUACAUCUUCCAUACGUACCUACCAUAACUACAUUCUUAUGCCACGCCGGUCAACAUUAACAUCGUCGGCUCCAGAUGAACUCAUCUACUAUUAUUACAAUUGUGAACUAUUGCAUAUUUUGGGAUUAAAGUAAUAUUAGCAUCUCGGUGUGUUUUCACACGAAAUGGAACCACUGCUUAUAUAGAUGUUACACUGGGUUUAAUUACCUGCAACGAUUUUGGACAAGACUGAUACUAUGGAAAAUUACCAAACGUGGUAAUGAAUAGAUGAUUAUUUUUUUAAUAAAAAGUGGCCAAGACUCUGCAUGAUAUUAAGAUGAUUGGUGAAAAUAUGCAUACUUAGCUUUGCUAAGAGUACGAUGGUGUCUUAUAGCUUUGCUACGAGUACGAUGGUGUCUUAUUACUGCAGAAUUUAUUUCUUUUGCCCAAGAGUGGUCGAAUUAGUUUCGGAUUAAUGAUACUUUGUUUGGGCUGAGGUGAUCGCAUGAACGAAAAGCAACACCGAUUAUGGUUACAACCGUGAAAUAGAAAUCUGGAUGUACGAGAUUCAGUUUCAACUUUGAACACCUCGACCACCUUGUUUGUGAAAACAAAGUGGAAAGACACAUCGGAAACUAGUUUCCAAAAGACACUAGUGAAACGAUCAGGCUGCGAGGAGAUGUGGAAAUACUGUAUAGUUUUUUAGUUACGAAUCGAACGAUCUUGAUCACUGUUGACGAAAGGAGGGUUAGUUUCUAUCGUCUCAGCUCUGGAAGAUCAAACGAAUGCACAUUUGGACAAUGCAGCAGAACUGUGACUGUGCUUCUUUUUAUGUUAGUAAAAUGCAGAUGAAACACAAUAUCUUUAGGUCAUAAUCUUGGAUAUCUCGAGAUAAAACUAUUUUGGAAUAUAGCUCUUGGAGAAUCAAGCUGUACUUUUCUUACCAUAGAGAUCAAGCCUUCGUGUGAGAUAAACAUCGACCCGAUGUAAAACUAUCCCCUUUGUAACAUUACAAUAAAAUCAUUGUUUUUGUGCAAUGUUUAGCAUUUACGACUAAUAUUGAUCUUCGAGUGCUCUGACCUGCAUGAGGUUAACAUAAUCGUCAGGAUGGUGCAGACUUCCUGUUCAUGCUGGAUGACCAUUGAUAGCCAUACGUCAUCUUGAAUCAAUGGGCGCCUGAAGUGUACCCUAUUGUGAAUCCACACCCCACGGAUCGAUUGAUGAGUAGUCCAUCUAUCUAGCCGCGGGCUAUUAUUACCAUCACCAUCAGCGAGUGAAGUAAGAACUCAAUAAUAACCAAUGACUCAACGGUCGUUGUCUCAAACGCAAACCAAAACAAGCAUUCCACUUAAACUUGAGGAGGGAGGGAAGCGCUUUAGCGAGAAUCUUUUUGUAUUCGCAGAGGGUAACCUUAGCUGAUGAGAUGCGAGAAAGGCCAUUCAGGACGUGUCGCCGUCUUGCAAGGCGUUGUUCUCUAUUAUAGUUUGUAGAACUGUUGGGUGAAAGAGUACUUUCAAAUCGGUCAACCAUCUAAUAGGAUAACGUCUUUGAGUAUUGAUUAAGAAGCCGCCGCAUAACAUUCACUUGUUUUCUCUACAUAGUUUUGAAUAAAGCAAUUGAAGCGUUGCAAGAACAGUGCCGGCUACAUGUGCUUUCGCCUGACGUUAUGUUUCUCCUGGGAGCAAUCUAGACAUGAACUCUUUGGACAUACUAGGAUACCAAUAUUUUGCGCACCUGUGUCAGGAGUAUCAGCAGACAUUCAUCAGGAUAUAUACUUGGAGAUUCAUUAUAGGACCUUCAAUACCAAAAAACCCAAUAGUUUGCACGGCAUCUAGACUAAUAUAAUUCGUUUCGGAUCAAUGUCUGUGGUGCAUAUGGCUUCUACAUGAGUAACAUGAACAUUGUGAAGGAGUAACACAUUCUUUAAACAAAAGGUUCAAGAAUCAUGAAGGAAUUGCCAAAGAUUGCAAAGUGCACUCAAGACUACAUACCCACAUGGUGUGGAGUUUGACAUUUUAGAGUAAAGAUCACAGGACAGCAGUAACUUACUAAGUGCAUUGAUUCUUUUCCAUUUGGAUCUGAGGACAUAUUUAAUCAGCACCAGGACUUCGGAAUAUUCCACCAAAGACCAAGACUAUCUUGGUUCCUUUGAACAUUCGUUUUCCAAGAUGCCAUCGAGGUCAAGACGACUCGAAGAGGAAAAGAGAAGACAGCUUCUCUAUGAUUACCUUUCAUGCUGUAGGAGUGGUUUCUACUCCGUACAACAUGCUCAAGAUCAUCAGAUGCCGAUAGAUCCGGCUUCACCCCAGUUCGGCAUGUCAUCCCCAUCGGGGUCCAGUGUAUCUAGUGAUGAAUCCAAUGAUGGAGACUUGACGAAGGAUCCUUACGGAAUCACACUCCACUUCGUCACCGAUCCGGGAGAGAGCAUCAAGUUACGGAAACUCAUCCACCCUCUCGUGAAACACUUCGACCAUUCCUUCAAGAUGUUCAACAUCGCGGAACGCAGCAGACCCAACGGGCAGUUCAACAAGGCCAAUGGCGGCGCCAGAGACAUUUUCCCGGCACUGUCCGUCAUGUUGUUCCUGCACAUCGACGAGGACGUUGACGAUAGGAGGAUAUCCUCAGCGCAGGAAUACCUUGCAAGGAAACCUUGGAAGUACCAUCACAACUCACGGGUUCCGGGGAAGUUGUACCUCUGUGAACCCAACUUUCAGAACUUCUACACCACCGAACAGGACAUGCCACUGUGGGCGGUGCGGCAAGUCCACUACGGCAAAGAACAUCUCAGGUUUAUGCUCUACGCGAGUCGGGAGAACUGGGAGGACAUGAUCCGGUUCUACACCUUAGUGCUAAAUCGAAAAGUAGAAUACCAAAAAGAGGACUUCUGUUACUUUGUAACGCACACAAGAGAUUCUUCGGACAUCCAGUUCGCGCUCAAGCGGAUCCCUGAGGACUAUUCGGUCAGACCGCUUUAUACGUCGUUCCUGCAGUUCAAAGUGCGCGAGAUUGGUGAGCUGGUGCCAUUGCUUCCGAACUCGUGCUCGCCGAUCAGUCCCCAGAGGUGGCAGACCACAGACCCCGACGGCAAUGUGACCUUGAUCCUGGUGACCAAGAAGGUUGGGACAAAUAACAAUAGCGCCCUCACCCCCAGAAGACAGUCUGUGGACGUCCUGCAGCAAUUGAUUGCCCCAAAGCCAUUGAAACCUAAGGCCAAACAAGCCUUGCAGACUGUCCUAGACGAAGAAGAGGAAGACUCACAGUAGCCUAAAACAUCCGCCAAACAUCAAAGCCUAUAUAAUAAAGUAUGAAUGGAAUGUUAUAUGAUUCAAUAAAAUGGAAAUGUUUAAGUGCUAAAGACAUCCUCUCAUAGAGUUUGGUGCUUACUUGAUGAAACGCUGAUUUGCAAAUAGGACUGUCAUAAAAUCUUCAGGAACAUUACUUGGGUCCGAUAAGUGCAUGUGGCAUGGAAAUUAUCCAAGCAAAUGUCUUGAUAUAAGUAAUCUUUUUUUUCUUAUCCAAAUUAAAUAUCCACUUGAAUGUACUCACAAAACGUGGUUCAUUGUAUAAUUUACGAGCAAUAAUGACUUUAAAAAACCAUUUCCAGUAACAUUUUAAUUAUGUAUUUAAAGUAACAUGAUUUAUUUUCAUGUGAAAUAUACAUGUAAUCUGCAUGCAUGGGUGUCUAUACUGCAUGAUAACUUACACUUUCUUUUAUCUCGUGUUUGUCUAAUGGGGGCAUUUGAUGUUUUGUGAAUAAUUUCGCAUGCUUGUAUUGAUUCUGGUUGAAUAGUAUACAUGUCGUUUCUGCUCUAAUGCAUGCCACUUGCCACUUUCUUGUUGUAAAUCAUCGAUCCGGUUUGAACAAAGGGGAGAGCAGAAAAGUGCAGUACACCCUUAAUGGAUUAUUCAAAUUGGAUUAUGUCCGACCCAAAAAUAUGGGGGGGGGGAAACAAGAUUGACAAUUUGUUGUUUUAAAAGUACCAGCAUUUAGAUGAAUGUCCUACUUGCUUUAUACAUCAUCAUUUCGUCACAAAACCAAAUCAUUAAAGAAAUUUGGAGUCAAGCAAAAGGAUAUUUGACGAAACAUAACUGGAGAUACCAAAUGAAGGCAUAUACAUGAACAGCAACAACAAUAGGCCUGUUCACCAUACAAUGGGAAAUGAUCGGGGAAUGACAAAUUGAAAGUUGUAUUUUCCAGUUUUUUAAAUGUUAUUUUCGAGUAGUAAAUCGAUCGAUGAUGCCCGAUAAGUUUAGUUUACUUCAAAAUGGUUCGCAUAUAAAAUAAGAAAAUGACGAAAUCAGGAAAACUGAUGAAGUGAAAACCUUUGAAUGAUCAAGAACCUCACAAUAUUUCAAGUCACCAUUUGCCUUGUAGAGUAUUGCAAAUGUUGCAAGAGUGAUAGUUGUAAAACCAAGGUAGACCGAAAACAUGGUUAAGAAGAACAAAAUGAGCAUGUCCUGUUUAUUAUAUCUUUACAAUGCUGGUCAGUUUAUGUUGUGUGUGAAAACAAUCUUACAUUUUCCUGAGUUAGUCAUGCAUGUUUUCAUAUUCAUAGAGGUAUGUUUUAAUAUCUGAUUAACGUGAUGAUGAACCAGGGGAGCAUUUCAAGUCCCAUUUUAUCCGACAGUUACCAUAGUAACAGUGGCUCUCAGCCAAUCAGAAUCAAGGAAAGAUGUCAGAUCUGACAACUUGUGGAACAAAAUUGUUGAUGAAACGCUCCCCAGGGCUCUGUUACACACAACUGCAAAUUUUCAAACAACGAUUAUGAUUGGUCGAUAGUGGAUGGUAUGAACAGCAUGCUAAUGCAACAAUGAUCUUGAUUGGCCAAUGUCAUUUUAGGAUUGAUCACAGACAUUGGUGUAACAUGGCCCAGAUCUCGUUCAGAGAAGCCAAAAAGUAAAGUCAUAUGCUUUGAAUUUACAAACGGAGAUGUUUUUGUACGUAUUUGAUAAUAAACGUAUUAUAACGAAUAUACUUGCAAA